AUGGAAAGUUUCGUAGACACGACUGAUGAACUUGUUGGGCAGGCCCGCGUCGAUCAUAUGUUCGCAUCAAGUACAACUUGCAGAGAAGGAGAUCCCAUCGAAACCUCCGAGAAUUCGAUGUGUUUCAAGCUGCCCUGCGCGGGUCAUUCGGUCGAUCCACUACACCAUCACACCAUGAAGCCGCGAGGCCGCUGCAAGACCAACGCAACAUGGCAAUCACAUCUCACGCUUCGCACGCGAGAUCACUUCGCCUUGCGAGAUCCACUCAGAGCGGUGGUCACCGAAUCCCAAUCGCCCAACAUCCAAUUCACGACGCCUGCCGGGCUGCCUUCCGCCAACGCCACCAGCUUCUGCUUGGGAAAACUCGGCUUGAUGGAUAUUCCUCGUUUCCGAUAG